GCUGGCUCAGCCCUCCAGACGGAGCGGCAGGAGAGUUGGAGACGCAUCCAAAGCGCGCAGGACGCACAGACGGAGUUCAAAGCGACUCCAAGCAGGCGAGAAAAAAACCUUCCUUCCCUGCAAGUGGACUUGAUCUGCAGCCACCAACUUUCCGUCCAGUUCGCGUUUUCUCCUGACCGCUGAGGAAUCCAGUUUGGGGAAUUUCAUUUUUAAAGAACCAGUAUUUUUUUAAGCCAUGCAUCGGUGCAAAGUGGCGCUGCUGCUGCUGCUGGUCAUCCUGCACUUCCUGAGCGCAGAAGCCUAUAAGUGCAGAUGCACCAGAAAAGGACCAAAGAUCAGAUAUAAGGAUGUGCAGAAGCUGGAGAUCAAACCCAAACAUCCCUUCUGCCAAGAGAAGAUGAUAUUCGUAACCAUGGAGAACAUCUCUCGGUUCAAAGGUCAGGAGUACUGCCUGCACCCCAACCUUCAGAGCACCAAGAAUCUGGUCAAAUGGUUCCGCAUCUGGAAGGACAAACACAGGGUUUACGAAGCCUGAGUCUCUCCAGAACAACAAGGAUCCAGUGAGACAGAACCAGACCUGGACAGAACCAGAACUGUCCUGUGAAGAAAUGACCAGAGACCUGUUGCGAACAUUAAAAUAGCAUCCAUAGUCUGUAAAUAAUCUGACGGGAUUGUUUUAGUCUCCCGUCCAGGUAGUCCCAUUACUCACAUUCCCGGCCUCCACGGCGAUAUUCGUCAGGUUUUAUUUAAGGAACCGUCUCGGUUAUUUUACCUCCUAGGAUUCUACCGACGCGAAGCGGUUCAGGUUCUGAAGAAACACGGAAACCAAGAACAUGUAGCGUGAGGAGAAACGUUUCUUCACUGUCAUAAAAUAAAUUAGAUUCUUUUUCUAGAAAAGAUACUGACAUUCUGGAAGAGGGUGUGUGUGUGUGUGUGUGUGUGUGUGUGUGUGUGUGUGUGUGUGUGUGUGUGUGUGUGUGUGUGUGUGUGUGUGUGUGUGUGUGUGUGUCCAACUAGCACAAGACUUUCCACCAUCUUGUUUGUAAAAUAUUCUCUGGUGUAAUCUGCAGGUCGUAGGUGAAAACAAUGUUAGUGCCAUUCUGCUGCGUUUAUGUGAGUUAAUGCAAAAUGUAUAAAAAUGCGAUCAUAUCUGUUAUAUACGUCUGUCAGUUUAAGAUUUGUGUAAUGAUGUGUUAUUUCAUACAAACUGUUUUUAUAACUAUUUGUUCAAAGCAUCAGUUAGGCUUCGCUCUACUGGUUUUGUUCCUUUAACCACAGACAGAACCUCUUCUUCAAUCUUCAUCCUGUCUGUAUUAUUCUUAUAAAUCAUUGAAGAGGUGAAAUAAAAUCUUUAAGGUCUAAAAUGAAAUGUAGAUGUGAAUUUGGUAUUAUUUUAUUUUUUCAUGAAUUGUUGCCCCGUCCAUUAGAGCCACAAACUUUCAUGUAUUUUAUCUGGAGUUUAACGUCAUAAACACAAAGUAGUGGACAAAAUGAAUCAUUUUCUGAAAAGUGUGGUGUGGAUGUAUGUUCAGUUUAUUAGAGUACAGUCUGGGUAAAAGGGGGUGAAUAUAAUUUUACACAUUUCAGAUUUUGUCUUUGUAAAUAAAAAUGGAAAAUCUUUAAUUAUUUCCCUCCCUCUUCAGUUAUGAUGUUUUCCUGUUUCUACUGAAUAAAGCAACAUUGCAAGGCG